AUGUCUUAUUCACUUUACGACACAUCGGUCCUCCCCGCCAAGAACGCCCUCACUGCUCUUGCUGCCAUCCUCCGCAAAGGCGAGGAGCACUCCAAUGGCGCCAACUUAAUCACUGCCACCCUCCAUGAUGACAUGAAGCCAUUGAGCUUCCAAGUCUUUGUUGCCGUCUCCCUCGUCGAGAAAAUGGUCGCCAGACUCACCGGUGGCCCGGUUCCAGAGUCUACCGAUGACAUUUCAUCGUUCGCUGAUGCUCAAGCAUUCAUCGAGAAGGGCCUCAAGGCUCUCAACGACGCCGAUAAGACGACCAUCAACAACAACGCUGAGAAGCUUGUGGAGGUCGGUAUGGGACCUGGAGUCAACAUCCCCAUGCGCGCGGAUAACUACGCCAGCGCUUUCAGCAUCCCCAACGUUUACUUCCACGUUGUCACUGCCUACUCCAUCCUGCGAAAGGAAGGUGUGCCACUUGGCAAGGGAGAUUACUUGGGCACCUUUAUGGGACCUUACCUCCCCCAGAAGCAGUGA